GUUAUUAAUGCAAUAUAAAUUUGUUAAAUUUUAUAUAUGAAGAAGAUUUUGAUAAAUGAUGCAAAUGAUUAAUUAAUUAAAUUAUUAACAUAAUAUAUGAUAAAAAUUAUGUAGAUAAAAUGGUUGCGAAUAUAACAGCUGAUAUGACUGGAUCCAUAUAUCAUGAAAGACAAGUGAAAGAGCUUUGCGCAUUACAUGCAUUAAAUAAUUUAUUUCAAGAAAGACGAUUUAGCAAACAAGAAUUAGAUCAAAUUUGUUAUAGCUUAAGUCCAGAUGUAUGGAUUAAUCCUCAUAAAUCAUUAUUAGGUCUUGGUAAUUAUGAUAUUAAUGUUAUUAUGGCAGCAUUACAACAAAGAGGACAUGAAGCAGUUUGGUUUGAUAAACGCAGGUUUGUUUAAUUUGACAAUAUUGUAUAAUGUAUUUAAAUAUUAUGUUAUAUUAAUACAUAAU